AUGGCGUUUCACUUUUGGCGUUCCACGCGCAGUCCUGAUUUUUAUGUUUUCUUGAAAUUAUUUUUCGAUAACUAUUUUUUAUUUUCAUUAUUUUUGAUUAUUUAUGAGGGAUAUUUUUUAGGGGUUUCAAAUCCAGUUGAGAAAGAAAUAAAUAUAUUUAUUUGAGGAUUUUUGCUGUUAUUUUUUGUGUUCAUUAGCGCGUGUGUGUGCGUGAUUUUAAAUGCCGAUAAGGCGAUUAUUGAGAGAUAAAAAUAAAAAUUGAUAUUAUGUAUUUUAGAGAGGGGAAAUUCAGAAUAAUAUUUUUUAAUAAUUUAUUUAACUCAAUUUUCCUUUUAUUUUAUUUAAAAAAAUAAAAUUAGGGCAUCAAACAAAAAUGAAAAUUUAUUUAUUUAAAAAACCAGCGCGCGGCACUUAUCUCUCUUACUCAUUUUCAUUAUUUUUUUAAUUUUCAUUUUCUCUUAUCUAUUUUUCCUAUAUUUUUUUAAAUUAUUUUUGUGUUAUUUUUAUCUCUUUAUUUUUCAUUUAUUUUUUUAAAUUCAUCAUUUUAACAUUUUUUCCUUCACAAACAAUUGUUAUUGUUUGCUAAUCUCAGCGCGCGAAAAAUUCUCGGAAAAAAUAAAUUUUUUAAUGAAAAAUACCUUUUAUUUAUUUAUAUAAAUUUUUUUCUUAUUUUAUUAAUAAUUAAAUAAAUAUUUAUUUGUAGUUUUAAUUUUUAUUUAUUAAUUUUACUUGGUUUUAUUGAUGUUUCUAUUUAAUUCUGGUUUUUAUUGUAUUUAAAUUCUGUUUUGUAUUUUUCCGUUAAUUCUGAUUUUUGUAUUUCGGGUUAAUAUUUGCAUUUCUGAUUGUAAUUCUGAUUUGUAUUUUCGUUAAAUUCUGAUCUUCUGUUAUUUUUUAACAAAAAUACAAAAACCAGAAUUACAAAUUGUGAUUCUGGUUUCUGUUGUUAUUUUGUUCUGAUUUUUGUAUUUUGGGUUAAUUAUUUGUAUUUCUGAUUGCAUUUCUGAUUGUAAUUCUGAUUUAUUUAUAACGUCUAUUAAAUUUCGUGUACAUUUAUUGUUUGUGUUCUGAUUUUUUUGU